UCAACCACGAAGAACACCUUGAAACCAUCUGCGAGGGGAAGUUAUGGUGCGGCCUAGGUGCGAUUGGUGCCCAAGCAUAGCCUUGGUCCAUGCGCUAGCAUAUGCAUGCGGCCAGCCAUUCCAUCAUCGUACAAGACCAAGGCACGUAAUGGAGGUUGUACAUCGAAACUGAUAUAGGCUUGAGGGGAGUCCAAACAAGAUGUGCUUGAUCAAAGUCAAAGAAGAGGAAGACUAUUCGGUGCCGGCAAGGGUGAAGCGAGUUACAAGAGUGCAACGCUACGAGGAGCCUCCGCCACGGAUGUACGAAAGACAUUACGUAGAGGAGCGCCGACCCGCCAACUACGCUCCCCCUCCACCGCGCUCAGAGCGAGCUCCUUCAACGCAUCCGCCACCCGCUACAUCGACAGUCGCUCCCUCAACGCAUGUGGGGACGGUCAGAUCUAGGGGUACUUCUCGCGCCACGUCAGUCCGCGCACCCCGCUCUCACUACGUUGAGGUCGAAGACGCCGACGAGACGUCUUCGAGUAGCUCCAGCAGCGUGAGCGAAGAUGUGCGUUCUAGAGCGACCUCGCACCGCACGCACAAGUCGUCGCGAACGAAAGCAACAUCAGUAGCCCCGCCUGCAAGCGAAUAUAGUGUACAUGAGCGUGAGCGAGAGAUCCGACGAGAGCGAGGCUACUCGAGGCCAAGGGAGGAGUACGAGACGUACCGUUAUGUCGACGCGCCGCCAGGGUCUAGACGAAGUCAUAGCAGAGUUGGCAGUGGCAGUCAAGAUGCCAGAGCGAGUCGGGACAGCUACAGGCGAGAGACAAAGAUUGUGAUAGAGGAUGACAACAGUCGGCGCAGACUGGACUACCGGCGGUAAUCAUGAGGUAGAGUGUGGGUUAGCGAAGAGUUUAUAGUACGGCAUGGAUGCAUUCAUGGCGAUCGCGGCUCGGUCAUCGUUCGCAUUAGCGAGCGCAUUGUGGGUUUAUGUUGGUAUGUAAUUGCAGCGGUUUAGCGAUCUUUUGUGGAAGCGAAGCAUUACGACGAAUCAAUCAGAUUACCAACUCCAUCUUCUGCCAUCUUGGGUACUUCACUCGUGUUCAAGUGUACAAUUG